GAGGUGGCACUGGCAGGCCGGCUGGGUGGGUGCAAACACAUGAAUCGUAGCUGCGGGCGGGCGGAAUAUCAGGUGCAUCUCUACGCCCCGAGGGCUCGACUCCUACAUUAAAUCCCUCCCACUGGAACAGCCGGCUCCAGUUUCAGCGAGAGCGAGCGUGAGAACAGGUCCUGCUCCGGCCAGGCAGCCACAGCCACGGCUUCCACCUCCCCACCUCUGCUCCCGGUCCCCAAAUGAGCGAGACUUCCCUGGUCACACCCACAGCCCGUGGAGCCGGCUUCAAGUAAAAGCACUCAGAAAGGAAAGCGAAGGAGAAGCAGUGACCUGCUUCCUUAAAAAUCACCAAAGCUGAACUACGCAGGAGCCAGCAGGGCUCAGACGCCAAACCACAGAGGGAAAAUGAGCCUUCUCAAAGAGCGAAAACCAAAAAAGCCUCAUUACAUCCCCAGGCCCCCAGGAAAGCCCUUCAAGUACAAGUGUUUCCAGUGUCCCUUUACUUGCAACGAAAAGUCACAUCUUUUUAAUCACAUGAAAUACGGUCUCUGUAAAAACUCCAUCACUUUAGUGUCCGAGCAAGAUCGCAUUCCCAAGUGUUCCAAACCAAACUCUUCGGACCCUAAGCCAACCAAUCAGUCUGACCCCAUGGCAAAGCCCACCUCCUCCAAGCCCGUCCCAAGUGGGCUCUCACACCUGGACGCCAAGCUCCAACAUGGCCUCGCCAAGGAUGACAUCAAGGAAAAUGUGGACCUGCAUGCGUGCGGGCCCCACAGGUGCCCCGGACAGAAGCCCACUCUCCACAAGGAAGCAGCACCCCUGAGUCAAGCUCCAGAAGCCACCGGGGGCACCCAGCCUGUGCUGGAAGGCGCUACCCGGCCUUCAGCAUUCAUUCCAGUUGGCGAGCACAGACUCAAAGGGCAGGAACUCACCGAGGCUCCUGAAGCGCUGACCCUGACCCAGCCCCCUGCCAAAGCUGCCUCCUUCCACACCAAGUCUGCCUUUCAUGCCCCUGGCUACCCGUGGAAAGCUGGCUCACCUUUCCUCACACCUGAGUUUCCACAUAAAAUCCCAUCCACAAAGGGGUUUGGUGCCACUUCCCCGUACGUGCACCCCACCAUCGCAGAAUACCCGCCUCACUUUUACACAGAGCACGGACUGGCCACCAUCUACUCCCCGUACCUACUCGCAGGGAACUCGCCCGAGUGUGACAGCCCCCUGCUGUCCGUCUACGGGGCCCAAGACCAAAGACAUUUCCUGCCUCACCCAGGGCCGAUCCCUAAGCACCUGAACCCGGCUCCAUCCACAUACGACCAUUACAGAUUCUUCCAGCAGUAUCACUCCAAUCUGCCGAUUCCUUAUGGAUUUUAUAGACCAGAGUCUGCAUUUUCCUCCUACGGCCUCAGACCCCCACCCGUUGCUGGUAUUUCACAAGAUCAAAGCUCACACCUACUGGAAGAAGCUGCCCUGGCCUACCCGGCCUGGAGUCCAUCUAAGUUAAACUCUUCCAACUCCCACAAAAAACACACAGAGUUUGAGAAAGAGAGUCCGACCCCCGAGGCUAAAGAUCUUUCCAAAGACGGGCACAGAGACACGGAAGGGACCAAAAUGAGCCCACGUGCAGGCAGCGCGGCCAUGGGCUCCCCGGGAAGGCCGAGCCCCACCAAUUUCACGCAGACAAGCCAGCCCUGUGCCGGGCUGUGCAGCCUCUUGGACAUGCCGGCCUCCGGCGCCCCAGGAAGUCUCCAUCCACCAGAAGAGAGCCUCACAGCCUUCAAGCCUGUCAAGAAGAACACGGAGCGCCCACACUCCCAGGCCCCAGAAAACAGAGCUGCAUCUCCAGAAAGCCUCGAGGCCAUGAACGCAGACGCUCUGGCUCAGAUGGGGAGCCUGGAAGCUGCACCCUCCAGCCCAGAGGACGGCUCCAGGGCAGCCCCUCUGAACCUCUCCACGAAACCAGAAGCUGAGCCGGCCACUACACACACCACUGCCUAUGGAGAAUUUGUGGAGCCACAGGACGCGCCCCUCAACCUCUCGGUGAAGGACCCCUGCAACGCCCUGACCUCGAGGCCCUCUGUCCGCAGCCGCCCGAGAGGGGCCGAACCCGCGGCUGCCCCCACCCCCACUCCUGCUCCGCAGUCGGAGACAGCAACUUCCGGGGGCGGGCCCGACCCCAGCUCUGCGGAGGCCCCUGUGCCCAGCCCCGCCGGGAAGGCCCAGGACGCACGCUCAGCUGACAGUGAUGAGCAGAAGCAGACUGCGGCCGUGGCCCUCUGCCAGCUGGCGGCCUACAGCCCCGGGAACGUCGAGCCCGCUGCCCAGGAGCCUGCCUGCCAGCUAGACGCACCCACCCCCAGAGCCCCUGAGAGCCAGGAAGCUCAGUGCAACCUCAGACCCAAAGGGCAAAAGAGGACGAGCCCCAGGGAUGCAGGGAAGGCCCAGCAGGGAACCAAGAAGGCAAAGCCCAGCGACACAGCCAGAGUGUUCACACUCCGGAAAAGAACGCGGGUGUCUUAGAGCCACCUCUGGCCAGCCACAGGCUGAAGCCACAAGCAUGCCUUCCAGCGCAGGCGAGACGGCAGCAAACCUCCAUCUGGCCCUUGCUUUUUCAUCUGGUACAUUUUUACAAUGCAGUUUUCUUCUUCUCAAAAAAAAAAAAUUAAACUAAACCUGCAACUCAAUUCAGUUUUGUAAAUACUAAGCAUGAACACUAAAAGGUGCUUCUACUUCUGGUUGUAAAAUAUUUGAAUGACUCACACUGUGGGACCUGAUGAAAUGCAUAGGACUAAAAGGUAACUUUUAGGUAUUAGCAUCUUAGAGGAAAUCUCUUUAAAACACUUUUCUUAAAAAUAUCUCAGCACUAGAACAAAUUGUUUUAACUGUUUUUCUAUUAAAUCUACUGUGUGUUUUGAAGUAAAUAACAAUUACUGGGGGAAAAUGCCAGAAAAAGACAUUUCCAGUACUAGCAUUAAAGUUCUGUGUGUAAAAACACUGUGAUUUGUUAUGACUGAAUAAUACACAGACAGCAAGAGGCUAUUUAUACAAGUAAUUUAUUUCCAUUGGGGAGAAUGCAUUGCUGGGGAAGCUAUACUCAACAUGCUCUGUCUUCACAACUCAUUCAGACUCGUUUUCUGCUUCCUAAAAUGAUGUAUAUGUUGCUAAUUUUCCAAUAAACUCAUAGGUGAACUUUAAGUAUACAUUAAAAGAAGACAAGCAUAAACUCUGCGUUAUACAAUAUUUUGCCACAAUAAAUAAACUCAACGAAAAAGAGAAAAGAGCUGAGGCAGCAAUUAAAACUAAGGACGAGGGUACAUCUGUGUGUGCAUGUGAGUGCGUGUGCAUGUGUCUGCUGUCCACUGGUAGUCAUCGAGCCCAGGGGAGUGCAAGCAUCUGGGGGCAACUUUAGAGACCAAGCGUACAGACCUGGCUUCACAAGGCCCCUUCCCAACUGUUCAGAGGGUGUUUCUCAGCAAUGCACCGCCUGGGAGCGGGGCAGGGAGUCAAGAAAGGGCCUGGAAACAGUGGCGCCGAGCUGAGCUGACUGGGUGAACCCUCUCUCCACAAGAUGGGCAGUUUCAACUCACACUUUGACCAAAACAGAGGUGGUCCCAACAGAGCCAUCCAAUGAGCAUUCAAAGAAAAAGCACUGCUAAAGCUAACGCCUGCCGUUCCCAGUGACGUGCACGUACAACAAGGCCUCUCAGUGCUCAGAGCUAAAAAUCAAAAUUUUUUUAAAUAAAAAGUUGAGCUGGGGCUUCCCUGGUGGCGCAGUGGUUGAGAGUCCGCCUGCCGACGCAGGGGACACGGGUUCGUGCCCCAGUCCGGGAAGAUCCCACAUGCCGCGGAGCGGCUGCUGGGCCCAUGAGCCAUGGCCACUGAGCCUGCGCGUCUGGAGCCUGUGCUCCGCAACGGGAGAGGCCACGACAGUGAGAGGCCCGCGUACCGCAAAAAAAAAAAAUAAAUAAAAAUAAAGUUGAUCUGGAACCUUGCCUUGUUUUAGAUAUAAGCACUACUCACCGAAAGAUAGCCUGAACUAAAAACACAUCUUGUUAAUAGUUGCAUUCCAAUAAAAUGUUAUUUUCAGUUGUUUUGAUCAAGUUUGUACUAAUAACUAAUCCUGUAAA